CAAUCAAGACACCCAACAACACCGAGUGAGCUUUAACUGCGCUCCACCGCUCCAUCUUGAGCUGAAACAGAGAGCUGUCUUUUCUGUUGGGGUUGGACGAUUCGCUGCAUUUGUGCCGCCGCCAUGGCCCCGCGCAGCGGCGAGCGAAGCUAAGCUCGGCUCACAGCAGCAUCCAUGCUCGGCGGCGAAGACCGGAUCAGCGCUCUGCCGGACGGCGUUCUCCAGCACGUCCUCGGCUUCCUGCCGGCGCGUGACGCCGUCCAGACGAGCGUGCUCGCCGGUCGCUGGCGCCACGCGUGGAGAUCCAUCCGUCGCCUGCACCUCAGCCCCGACGAUGGGUGGGACAGCGACAAGCCCGAACAUCUCAAGGAUUUCUUCGACGCUCUGCUGUCCCCCGGCGACCAUGACUCGAUUCUGGAGGAGGCCAAGCUGGACUUCGAUGAUUGGUCGAAGAUUACGCGCACGCCGAAGCUUGGAUCCGACGAAUUUUGUCCGGCCAAGCUCAGGUGCUCGAUGUCUCCUUCGCCAUGCUGGAAAACCCUCCUCUGGUCUCCCGGCAUCUUUCCUUUUCUUGAAAGCAUGCCUUCACUGGAAACAGCAUUUGUGAAGCCUGCAGCAUACUCGAGAGAUUGCUGCAUAAGAGGUGCUUUUAAGGAAUGCUGUGGCAUUUGUGCAGAAUGUACUGGUGAUGGUGACCAUGGCAGCCGCUGCGUGCUUCUCGGAGGUUUGUCCAGUGCUAUACAUUUGGAGCUGGUAGCUGAACCUGGAAUGUGCCUAAAGUAUGAAUUGUUCAUACUUUCACCAGCUUUAUUUGGAAGGGAUUUGAGGUGGUGUCCUACAUUUAGUAACUUGAAGACAUUGUUGCUCAAUGAGUGGUGUGUGGCUACUGACUUCCGUGCACUACUUUGCAUUCUCGAGCAUUCACCUGUUCUUGAGAAGCUCAUUCUUCGACUAUCUAAGAGACGGGAGUUUAUUACUGUGCUGAGCUAUCCAUUGGAAAAAUUACCUGCAAUAUCCAAACAUCUUAAUAUUGUGGAAAUCAGAUGUGGAGAUGUUGAUGGGAGGGUUUGCAGGAUUUUAAAGUUGUUGAGUCGUUUUGUCAGUGCCAUGCAGAUUAACAUCAAACUGGUUGCGCAACUAUCCACAUGCUUUAGUUUCGAGACAUGGCUUUGGCACUUUCCGGCCAAUGAUGAUGAUGAAUGCAAUAUAAUUGUGCAAGGCUAAAGUCUGGUCUUUUGUCUCUGCAAGUGCAACGUUGCACUGUUUUCAAUCUUAGAAGAGGCCUCUUAGAAACAGCAUGGAAUGAGCUGUACAGCUUGUUUGCGCUAUCUCAGCUAGUUGGACCUGGUUUAUCAUCGUGAUGUGUCGUGUUCUUUUGGUUAGAUGCAAAUGUUCCGCUGUCUGUGGUUUGCCUUUACUUUCAGUGUAGUUCCCUGACCCAUAAACAUAUUAUAUCGUUUCAAAUGCAUCAACUUGUUUGUGCUA